UUUCUUAUUUGGAAUGCAAAUACCUAACUAAAUACUAAUAAAAUUCUUUGUUGACAGCAAUCUAUGCUUCACAGUAGUAUAUAUUUUGUAUAUCGAAGUCCUAGAUAGGAAAGUAGAGUAGGCACAGAUCCUCCACAAAAGGCAAAAUGUAUAUGAAAAAAAGAUUGAUUGAACUUUCCAACGGACUCAUUCCAUGAGUAAACGAUUGAAUGGGAUUCGCUUGGGCAACGAAAUCAAGUCCUGGUCCCCUUUUCUCUCUUAUUGAAUUAACUAAUUCAUUUCCUUUUUACUUUUGGAUUUUUUUUGAUUUGAUUUGGCAUUAUUCAACAAUAAAAAAAGAAAAAUUUCGACAAAUUCCUUUUUUUUAAUUAUGUGAUAAUUAUGAGAACCAAUCCUACUACUUCUCGUCCCGGGGUUUCCACAAGUGAAGAAAAAAGUACAGGUCGUAUCGAUCAAAUUAUUGGACCCGUGCUGGAUGUCACUUUUCCCCCGGGCAAGUUACCUUAUAUUUAUAACGCUUUAGUAGUCCAGAGUAGAGACACUGCCGAUAAGCAAAUUAAUGUGACUUGUGAGGUACAACAAUUAUUAGGAAAUAAUCGAGUUAGAGCUGUAGCUAUGAGUGCUACGGACGGGUUGAUGAGAGGAAUGGAAGUGAUUGACACGGGAGCUCCUCUCAGUGUUCCGGUCGGUGGAGCUACUCUCGGACGAAUUUUCAACGUUCUUGGGGAGCCUGUUGACAAUUUGGGUCCUGUAGAUAGUAGUGCAACGUUCCCUAUUCAUAGAUCUGCGCCUGCCUUUAUCGAGUUAGAUACGAAAUUAUCCAUCUUUGAAACAGGUAUUAAGGUCGUCGAUCUUUUAGCUCCUUAUCGACGUGGAGGAAAAAUAGGACUAUUUGGGGGGGCUGGAGUAGGUAAAACAGUACUGAUCAUGGAAUUAAUCAAUAACAUUGCUAAAGCUCAUGGGGGCGUAUCCGUAUUCGGUGGAGUAGGGGAACGGACUCGUGAAGGAAAUGAUCUUUAUAUGGAAAUGAAGGAAUCCGGAGUAAUUAAUGAAAAAAAUAUUGAAGAAUCAAAGGUAGCUCUAGUCUAUGGCCAAAUGAAUGAACCACCGGGAGCUCGUAUGAGAGUUGGUUUAACUGCCCUAACUAUGGCAGAAUAUUUCCGAGAUGUUAAUAAGCAAGACGUGCUUUUAUUUAUCGAUAAUAUCUUUCGUUUUGUUCAAGCAGGAUCAGAGGUAUCCGCUUUAUUAGGGAGAAUGCCCUCCGCAGUGGGUUAUCAACCUACUCUUAGUACAGAAAUGGGUUCUUUGCAAGAAAGAAUUGCUUCUACUAAAAAGGGAUCUAUAACUUCGAUUCAAGCAGUUUAUGUACCUGCGGACGAUUUGACCGACCCUGCCCCUGCCACAACAUUUGCACAUUUGGAUGCUACUACCGUACUUUCCAGAGGAUUAGCUUCCAAGGGUAUUUAUCCAGCAGUAGAUCCUUUAGAUUCAACAUCAACUAUGUUACAGCCUCGGAUCGUUGGCAACGAACAUUAUGAAACUGCGCAAAGAGUUAAGGAAACUUUACAACGUUACAAAGAACUUCAGGACAUUAUCGCAAUUCUUGGCUUGGAUGAAUUAUCGGAAGAGGAUCGUUUAACUGUAGCAAGAGCAAGAAAAAUUGAGCGUUUCUUAUCACAACCGUUCUUUGUGGCAGAAGUUUUUACUGGUUCUCCAGGAAAGUAUGUUGCUCUUGCGGAAACUAUUAGGGGAUUUCAACUAAUCCUUUCCGGAGAAUUAGACGGCCUACCUGAACAGGCUUUUUAUUUGGUGGGUAACAUCGAUGAAGCUAGCACGAAAGCUAUAACCUUAGAAGAGGAGAACAAAUCGCAGAAAUGAAAUUAAAUCUUUAUGUACUGACUCCUAAGCGAAUUAUUUGGGAUUGUGAAGUGAAAGAAAUCAUUUUAUCCACGAAUAGUGGCCAAAUUGGCGUAUUACCAAACCACGCCCCUAUUAACACAGCAGUAGAUAUGGGUCCUUUGAGAAUACGCCUCCUCAACGACCAAUGGUUAACGGCGGUUCUGUGGAGCGGUUUUGCGAGAAUAGUUAAUAAUGAGAUCAUCAUUUUAGGAAAUGAUGCGGAACUGGGUAGUGAUAUUGAUCCGGAAGAAGCUCAAAAGGCACUUGAAAUAGCCGAAGCUAACUUGAGUAAAGCUGAGGGUACGAAAGAUUUGGUUGAAGCGAAGCUCGCUCUCAGACGAGCUAGGAUACGAAUCGAGGCUGUCAAUUGGAUUCCCCCAUCCAAUUGAAGACAAUCCAGUGGUUUAUAGUUGAUACAAAGAAAAAGGGAAGAGGGGUAGAAAAAGUUAUUAGAUAGCGAAGCGAAGUAAGUCCAAUGCUAUCUAGUAAUUUUUCUACCUACUUACCUACUAUUGGAUUUGAACCAAUGACUCCCGCCGUAUGAAAGCAAUACUCUAACCACUGAGUUAAGUAGGCAAUUUAUCACCACAAAGGAAGACCCAUUACUUCGAUCGAUUAUAUAUUGAAUCCCUUUUCUAAGCAAUACCGCUCUGUUAUUGGUCUGUUAUAUACUAAAUACUAAACUAAAUACUAAACAGAUACAGAUCAAAGGGAUAUCCUCUGGCAUUAGAAAAUAUUCAUCUUGACAAGAAAUUCUCUAUAUGUUAAGAUAUCUCUGAUAAGGGCUAUAGCUCAGUUCGGUAGAGCAACUCGUUUACACGUGCGCCAAUGCUUUUCAAAGGAGCUUAUUAUGCAAUGAACAUAAUCGAUCUUAUUGCAAAAUCAAUGUCUUACUUCAUAGAUUCGAGAGAAUAGGAGAACAGUAGCCUGACAAACAGUCGGUUCAGUCCGAUUCAGGUGCCAAUUCAGGUGCCUAAUCAAAUAGAACCCUUAUGGAUUUGCUAGUUGAUAAGGUAAAUAUCCAGCCCACUAAAUGCUAGGCGUAAUGAGGAUAAGGGCCUCCAAAAAACUUCUUUUCGUUCUAUGAACUUUAAGGUGUAUGAAGUCUCAUAGUUAACUCUUGCAGUGGAACGAUAGAGACUCCAUUUCACUUAGGUUGAUUUAAUUUAGACCAGAGGCAGACCUAAGUCAAGGUAAUCCUCCUUUGAAACACUUUGGUAUUGCUCCUAGAUAGAUCAUAAUACAAAAAAUCAAUCAGAGCACAGGGAGCCAUCUCAUUAUCUUUCCGUAAAGAAAAACUAUGGUGGACUAACUGAUCUUUAAAUCAGUUUAUGAAAGAGCCCAAUGCAAAAAAAUGCAUGUUGGGUCUUUGAAACAGUUCAAAUCAUUUCGAUAAUAAUCCGUUUGAUCUGUUUUAC